AAUUGUAGUACCGCAACAAGGUAUAAUAUUUAUGUAAUUAAUUUUUUUUCUAUUGUACCUCUUUAGAGAAUGUAAUAAUAAAUUUCUAAAUCGUAUAAUUUUAUUUUAAAUUUCUCAAGUAAUACUGAAUGGGAAGAAGAUUUAGCUGAUGAGAUGUCAUUUCUUCAUAUUAUACAGUCAUUCUUUUCAAAAGACAUGCUUGCGUGACAUUGUGAAAACAAUUUUCACAUUUGAAUUUCCAACCAUUAAAGCUACUCCUAAACUCUUUGAUCCUAAUAUUACAAAUGUACGAUUUGCAAGACGUAAUGAACGUAUUUUCAGAAAGAUCAGAGGAGGAGGUCGUCCUGUACGUGAAGGUGUUGUACCCCCAGAACCGAGAAUAUAUGGCUGGAGACCUAUUUAUCCUGCUGAUGGGAAGUAUACUACAAAGCCAUUACCUAUAAUAAAAUUAGGUGGAAGACAUCCUGAAACAGGGCGUGUUGUUGUGAGAACAAUUGGUGGAGGCCAUAAGAAACUAUUUCGCUGGGUUGACUAUAAAAGAGAAGGUCCUGCAGAUGGAAGCACUUUAGAAGAAAAAGUUUUUCAAGUAAGAUACGAUCCAUGCAGAACAGCAAGAAUAGCUUUGGUUGCAUCUGGAGACCACAAAAGAUGGAUAUUAGCAUCAGAUGGCAUAAAAGUUGGAGAUAUAAUUAAAACAUCAGCAGUCAUACCCAGGAUACCAAUUCGCCCUAAUGAUGGAGAUGCUUAUCCAGUAGGAGCUCUACCACUAAGUACUUUAGUUCACAAUAUUGAAAUUACACCUGGAGGAGGUGGUUUAUUUUGCCGGGCUGCCGGUUCAGCUGCACAAGUUGUCAAGAAAAUUGAUAACAAAUGCAUAAUUCAACUACCAUCAAAACAGCAGGUUUUACUAGAUGAAAAAUGUAUGGCUGUAGUUGGAAGAGUUUCUAAUACUGAUCAUGGUAGUAAACCAAUCGGAAGUGCAAAUCGUCUGAGAUGGUUAGGAAAGAGACCACGCUCAGGUUUGUGGCAUAGAAAAGAUGGUUAUUGUGGUCGAAAAAUACAUCCUCCAAAGAGCAUACUGGAUACUUUAGCUCCAAGAGAAGAAAAACCAGAAUUUUAUAACUUAACAUGGAAAGAAAAUUAAUAAAGCUAGCAUUUAAAUUUGAGUGUCAUAUCCUAUUUAUAGCUUUCAAAAAAUGUUUAGCAAUUCAUAGAAUUUCUAAAAAAUAUAACUAUGUAUUUUUUCAUCAAAAUCAACUAUCUAAAUAAACAUGCUUUUACAAAGAUG